AUGGAUGAUGAGUAUGAUGCUCUCAUGCGUAAUAACACAUGGACACUAGUUCCAACCUCUCCUAUGAACAUUGUAGGUUGCAAAUGGGUCUUUAAAGUAAAACACAAAUCAAAUGAGUCCAUUGAUCGUUACAAAGCAAGUCUUGUGGCCAAGGGGUUCAAUCAAAUGGAAUAUCUUGACUUUGAUGAAAUAUUUUGUCCAAUGGUCAAACCAGCUAUGAUUCGCACAAUCCUUAUUAGGGAUGGCAAUGGUUCGAUCCAAAUUGAUUUAUCUUCAUAUGUAAGAUUUUCAACCAACUCCACUGAUGACCUUAUAGCAUUAGUUAAAUCUGACGUCCAUUUACUAACCCUCGAACAUAUGGAAUACAUGUUGAACCGAUACCUUAAAUAUCAUCCUAAUAUAUGUGCUAUUUUUAACUUUUCAUUUUAUCGCCUAACGAUAAUAAAUACACAGUUUCAAGUUCGGCUCCUUUUUUAA